GACUUUUUUUUUCUGCUACAAUAAAUUCUCAAGUGUCAAAGGCACCAUUGGCCUCCAUAUUGGAACCUCCACCCACCACAUCCUCAGCAGCUUCUAGGACAGAUGUUAUAAAUGACCUCUUUGGGUCACCCACAAGUGAAGAUAGUCUAUUCACAUCUAAUACUUCCGUAUCUCCAAAGGCAAAUACAUCUUUACAAAAAGAUAAAGAGACUGAUCAAGGACACAGUCUUCAACCAGAAAAGAAGGAAUCAAAGGCUCAGGGUCUAUCAGCAACCAGUGGUAUCUUCCAUUCACAAUCUGAUGAUGAUCUUUUUGCAGUCCCAAAGACCACAUCAAAAGGUACAUCUGAGCUAGGGGUUGCCCAUAAGGAAAAUCUGACAUCUUCUACCUUCAAGACUACGCAGAAUUCAUUAACCCCAAUUGCAGACUCUGAUAUAUUUGGGUUACCAGAAGAUGACUUGUUUGUAGAGAAAUUAAUGUCAGAAGUGAUUGAGCCCAUGAAAAAAGCUUCAGGAUCAGUAAGCUUCCAACAAAAUAAGUUGGAUUCUAAAUCUUCAAGUCAUAUAGACGAUAAUGUAUCAAAUACACUAGAGGGUACUGGGCAGAGCCAUGGCACUGAGAAGAAACCUGUCAGUUUGUUUGGUUCACCAGAAGAAGAGGAUAUUUUUUCAAUUGGUAGAUCAAAUGCAAAAUCAGAUCCACUGGAGAAUAGACCUAGUAACAGUUUAAAACCAAAUAUUUUUGGGAGCAUGAGUGAUGAUGAAGACAUUUUUAGCUCAUGUUCUAGACCAGCAAAACAAAAAGAAAUUAAUGUAAUACCCACAAUGUUAUCAGAUAGAGAGCAAAGUGAAGUUAGAACAUCUUCAGAACAUAUCAAAGAAAACCAAGCAACAGUAGACAAGAAAAAUCAAGUUUCUAGUUUGAAGGACUCAGCACAGCCAACCUUGUCUACUACAAAAGGAGGAGUAGCUCUCUUUGGAAAUGAUGAAUUGAGAGCUAAGGUGAAUGAGAGAAAGUCCAUGUUAAAUUCAGAACCAGAAAAUGCUAAAAUUACCAUUGAGAAAGCUCCUAAAGAAGAAGUAAAGAAGGAAGAAAGUGAUUUGAUAAGCAACCAGAUUCUUUUUGAUGGGGAGAGUGAUGGUGACAUCUUUGGAAUCAGUCAAGUAACGACAAAGCAAACAUGCUCACACAUUCCAGGGAGAGGAAGCCCUCCACCACUGCCUUCAGAGAUUAGUAAUGUGUCAUCUACCUCAUUACCAGAAAAGGUCUCCUCAUUUGUAGUGGUACCUAAACAAUCUAACAGUCCUGACAAGAAAGAGAUUAAAGAUUCUCUGUUUGUGGUGCAAAAUGAAGAAGAAAGACAGGUGGAAAAAUUAGCCACAGAAAAAGAGGGUGGAAUGAGGGCUGACCCAUCUGCUGAAGGUGAUUCUAAAGAGUCAAAUAGGAAAGAAGAGUCAAGUGAAGAAAUAAAACCAAAGAAGCCACCAGUAGGAGGAGUAUCCAUGUUUGGAGGGAGAGGCUUAGGUGGCAGUGAACUCUUUGCCAAAGUGAAUCAGAGGAAGAGUAUGUUAGGAGGGUCAGAGAGUGAUAGUGAUGGAGAAUCAACGAUUGGGGCUGCCAACACACUAACUCACUCAAUUGAAAUUGAGCAGGAAGAGAAAAAGGUGCCAGAGAUGUCUCCAGCAUCAAAAACAUUUAUAAACACUACAGCAACUAGAUCCACUUUGCAAAGCAUAGGGGUCAAAGGCCCUGAGGUGAAGUCUGGUGGCCAGGAGAAUAGCAUUAGUUUUGAUGAGCCAGUCACAACAAACACUUUGGAUAGCCUAAAUAAGAACCGAGUAAGAGGAAGUGUUAAAAGAAGACCCCCAAGCAGAGCUCACAGAAAAGGUGCUGCAGUAGACAGUUCCCAGAACAAUACAUGGACCAUUCCUUCAGUUGCACAGACACCAUCGGAUAGAGUUCCCGUGCCACAAAAAACAAACACUAGAAAGUCAAGUGAAAAGGAUGCAGCAAUUAAAAGUUCCUCACAUAGUGAUCCUCCUGUUGAAGAUCAGAUCUUUUCAAGCAGUGAGAAUGAGGAUGGUAUGUUCAGAGGAAACAAGGCAAAAAAUGUAAAUAAAAUUGAGGGAAGUGUUCAACAAAUUCACCAAACAAGUGGGGCAGAAAACAGGAUUACCAGCAUGCUCAGCCAACGAGUUGAAAUGCAGGAUGAGGCUGAAGAAGAUCUUUUCAGCAGACUGCGAAGUGCCUCGUGUACAACAAAAACCCAGAACCUUGUAAAACCUUCCAAUAAGUCUCAGCCAUCAUCAUUGUUUGGAGAAGAUGACAGUGAUGAAGAUCUGUUUGGACCAUCAAACUCCAAUUUAUCAUCUCAUAAAGCUGCAAAGUCAAUUGUCCAGCAGGAGGUUUCUAAGAAAGAGGUCAAGCCUGUUGUUUCUCACUCCCUCUUUGGAGAUGAUGAUGAUGACAUAUUCAGUUCAACAGGAACAGUAGGAAAAGCUGAGGCUAGUGUAGUAAAAAAAAUGUCUACAUCAAAGUCCAAGACUAGUCUUACGUCAACAAGUGAGCCUUUUGAUGACCCACUUCUUGGCCCCCAGAAAUGAGAUUGAAAAAAAAAAGAAGAAGAAAAAAAAAAAUGGGGUUAAGAUAUUGGUGCUUUGUUUAAUCAUUGUGUGUGCAGUAUGUGAUAAAUUUAUUCUUCUGUGUGAUGUGGAGGUAUUAUAGUUACUGAUUUCUAUUUUUGUCAGGAUGCCUUGUAUAUACUUGCCCACACUCAUACAUAUAUAACAACAUACACAAAAACAUGUACAUACAUAUGUUGCAUAUGUAUAUAAAGUUAUCUUUUGUCAAGGUUGGUGUAAAUGUUACUUUUAUCUGCAAUAUCAAGUCACCUUGAUUUUGACUUCCCAUUUUUCUCAUAUAUCAUGAUUGAUAUUGUUAAUAUUGUAUUUGUUAAUACAUAUGAUAUUAAUGA